AUGGUUUGUGCACAAACUUUAAAUAAUGCAAUUGUCCAUUCUUUUCCAAAUGUUGAUUUUGAAUCCUGCCGAGUGGCACGGCAUCAUGGUGAUGGAACUAUCACUAAUGAGCAUCAUGACAGAGUUUACAUGAACCUGCCCAAAAAUCACCAUGUACUUAGAAAAGUUAGCGACUGCUGCCACUGUGGAGCUUUGCGGUUCCAAUACGAGGGGCCUGCAUUUUGUUGCAGGAAGGGAAAAGUUGGUGUAUUUACUCCAGAGGUUGAUGAAGAGUUGAAACGAUUGUUCACAAGUCAGGAUGAUGAGGAUGCAAAAUAUUUCAGAGAGAAUAUACGGUAUUUCAACUCCCACUUCUCAUUCACCAGUCUUGGAGUCACCCUUGAUCGUCGAGUCAGCACUGCGGCAGGAACAGGUGUAUAUACAUUUCGUGCCUGUGGGGGAUUGUACCACGCUCUUGAUGAUCUGUCGUUUGGUGAUAAUGGCCCUCGGCAUUUGCAGCUAUAUAUUUAUGAUACGGAUGAAAACUUGCUUCACAGAGUUAAGAGGUCUCCGAAUCUUAGGCUGGAUCUCAUACGGAAGAUUCUAACAAUACUAGAACAUAACCCUUAUGCUCAGGUUUUGAAGAGCCUUGGUGUUGUUCCGAAUCUGGAUGAAUAUAGGAUCUCACUAAACACAGGUAUCAACCUCGAUCAACGAAGGUACAAUGCGCCAACUACUUCUCAGGUUGCAGCAAUAUGGGUUGAAGGAAGCGACCCACAUAAAACCUUUGAUAGGAGUGUUGUCGUAUAUGGUAAAGGAGACGCUGGUAAAGGAGACCGUCCCCUGUAUAUUAGAGCAUACCAUGGGUGCUACGACCCUUUGUCAUAUCCACUGUUCUUCCCACGUGGGGAGAUCAGUUGGAAUCGUUGGAUGCCAUAUAUUGAGUUAGUCGAUGACACAAACCAAGUUUCAGUGGAUGAAUUUGCACAACAGAACCCAGCCUAUGGUUUUCCUUCAGAUGAUAACGUGAUUAGAGAACAAGUUGGUCAUAAAGCACAGCAUGAAGAGCAACCCACUGAUUUACCUGAAGAUGAUAACAUGAUUAGAGAACAAGUUGGUCAUAACGCACAGCAUGAAGACCCACCCACUGAUUUACUUGAUGGUGACGACGAUGAUAACCCGGAUGAGGAUUUUGGUGAUGAUGAGAUGAAUCCAACAAAAUCAAGGAAAUUUGUUAGCGCGAGAGAGUACUAUUGCUUCAAGCUGUGUGUCCGGAAGAAGCUUUUUAACAUCAUCUUGUUCGGGGGGCGCCUUUUCCAACAGUGGGCUGUUGACAUGUACAUCAAGAUUGAGACAAUGAGGCUUGACUGGUAUUCAAAGCCAGCAAAUCAAAAGGUUAUACGCGCUGACCUGUAUCAGGGUCUUGUUGACACCAUCGUUGCUGGCGAGUCACGCGGUGAUCAGAUUGGCAAGAGAAUCGUGCUUCCACGUACAUUUCCUGGUGGUGACAGUGACAUGCAGCGCAGGUUUCUGGAUGCGAUGGCAAUAGUUCAACAUUGGGGUAAACCGGAUUAUUUUGUCACGAUGACAUGCAAUCCCUACUGGGAGGAGAUAAUGCAGGAAUUGUUGCCUGGACAGCUGCCACAAGACCGCCCAGACCUUGUGGCAAGAGUAUACAGAGCUAAGCAACGAAAUAUGAUGGACUUACUAACUAAGGGUAAGCAUUUCGGAGAAGUCGCAGCUUAUGUACAUGUCACAGAGUUUCAGAAGCGAGGUCUCCCGCAUGAGCAUAUACUUCUAAUCAUGGAAGCAAAAAGCAAGUUAAGGACCUCAGAUGACUAUGAUCGGGUGAUAUCUGCAGAGAUACCCGACAAAAAGAAAUAUCCUGUCCUCCAUGAUCUGGUAGUCAAACACAUGUUGCACGGCCCAUGUGGUGCACUCCAGAAAAGUUGCCCUUGCAUGAUAGAUGGACAAUGUCGAUUUCAUUACCCGCGAGAUUUCUGUGAUGCUACAUUACAAGGGAAAGACUCAUAUCCCAUCUAUAGAAGGAGGGACGACGGGGUUCGAGUAAGGAUCAGAGGAGCAGAUUUGGACAAUAGAUGGGUGGUCCCUUACAACCCCUUUCUGCUUAUGAAAUACAACUGUCACAUAAAUGUCAAAGCAUGCUCGAGCAUCAAGGCAGUCAAGUACUUAUUCAAGUACAUCUACAAAGGGCAUGAUAAGGCAUCAUUUGCAUUCGAGCAGGAUAUUAUCAAUGAUGGGGGAAUCAUUAAUGAAAUUCGUCAAUACAGGGAUGCAUGCUAUAUAUCUCCUCUAGAAGCUAUUUACAAGAUUUUUGGGUUUAAAACGUUUGGUGUUAGUCCAUCUGUGUUACAGCUGCAACUUCAUUUGCCAAACAUGCACAUAGUCGCAUUUAAGGGUUAUGAAAAUCUGGAAGAUGUUGUCGCUCACCCAACUUCUUCCAAAUCCAUGCUUACCGAGUAAUUUGAGAUGAACAAGAAGUAUCCAGCGGCACAAAAAUGGCUGUACAGAGAGUUCCCAGAACAUUAUAGGUGGACUGCCGCUAAUAAAAAAUCGCAAACGAGAAGAAGUAAGAGAUCACAGAUUGGAAGACUGGUGUAUGCACACCCUGCUGAAGGAGAGAGGUACUACUUGCGGGUGCUCCUAAGUCAUGUCCGAGGUGCCACUUCAUUUGAUGAUUUAAAACCAGUAAAUGGCAAGCCAUGCACUUCCUUCAGAGAGGCAUGUGAGCACUUAGGCCUCAUUGAGCAUGACAGGACACUGGAUGAUUGCAUGACGGAGGCAGCAACAUUUCAAAUGCCUUCUGCUCUUAGACGGUUGUUUGCGACUAUACUGGUAUUCUGUGAGGCAACACAAAUCCGUCAAUUGUGGAACAAACAUCUACCAUCGAUGGCUGAAGAUUACCGUCGCACUGAGUCGAACGAGGCAACACUUGAGCAGAUGGUCCUUAGAGAUGUCAGGGAUCUGGUGCAAUCCAUGGGUAAGGAUAUUAAAAUGUAUGGACUUCCAGAUCUGGUUGACACAGAUGGUUCUUCUGACGCCGAGUAUAGAGAGGUAACAGAGGAGAGACAAGUUAGAGUUGACCAAGAGCAUCUA